AUGGGACGCUCGGCUGUCCUCCUGGCCGUGGCCCUGGCCACCCUCCUGGCUCCGGGGACAGGGGCUCCUGUCGGCAGGAAGGUCUCCCGGAAUAAGCUGCUGCUGGUGUCCUUUGACGGCUUCCGCUGGGACUACGACCAGGACGUACCCACCCCCAACCUGGACGCCAUGGCACUCGACGGGGUGAAAGCACGCUACAUGACCCCGGCCUUCGUCACCAUGACCAGCCCCUGCCACUUCACCCUGGUCACUGGCAAAUACAUCGAGAACCACGGCGUGGUUCACAACAUGUACUACAACACCACCAGCAAGGUGAAGCUGCCCUACCACGCCACGCUGGGCGUCCAGAUGUGGUGGGACAAUGGCAGCUUACCCAUCUGGAUCACAGCCCAGAGGCAGGGCCUAAAGACCGGCUCCUUCUUCUACCCUGGCGGGAACGUCACCUACCAAAACGUGGCCGUGACGCUGAGCCGGAAGGAAGGCGCUCUGCACAACUACGGAAACGAGGAGGAGUGGAAAGCCAACAUCGACACGGUGAUGACCUGGUUCACGGGGGAGGGCCUGGACCUGGUCACGCUCUACUUCGGGGAGCCGGACUCCACGGGCCACAAGUACGGCCCCGAGUCCCAGCAGAGGAAGGACAUGGUGAUGCAGGUGGACAGGACCGUGGGCUACCUCCGGGACAGCAUCAGGAGCAGCGGCCUGGGGGACAGCCUCAACCUGAUCGUCACAUCCGACCACGGCAUGACCACCGUCCACAAGCAGGCCCAGGACCUGGUGGAGUUCCACAAGUUCCCCAACUUCACCUUCAAGGACAUCGAGUUUGAGCUCCUGGACUAUGGGCCGAACGGGAUGCUGCUCCCCAAGGAGGGCAAGCUGGAGAAGGUGUACGAGGUCCUCAAGGACGCCCACCCCAAACUCCACGUCUUCAAGAAGGAGUCCUUCCCCUCGUCCCUCCACUACGCCAACAACUCCAGGAUCGCCCCCUUGCUCAUGUUCAGCGACCCUGGCUACGUCAUCCACGGGAGACUGAGCGUGCAAUUCAACAAGGGGGAACACGGCUUUCACAACAACGUCACGGACAUGAAGACCAUCUUCCGGGCCGUGGGCCCCAGCUUCAAGCGGGGCCUGGAGGUGGAGCCCUUCGAGAGCGUCCACGUGUACGAGCUCAUGUGCAAGCUGCUGGGCAUCGUGCCCGAGGCCAACGACGGGUCCCUCAGCGUCCUGCUGCCCACGCUGCAGGAAACCAGCCACGGGCCCCUCAGCACCGUGCCGCCCACGCUGCAGGAAACCAGCCACGGGCCCCUCAGCACCGUGCCGCCCACGCUGCAGGAAACCAGCCACGGGCCCCUCAGCACCGUGCCGCCCACGUCCCCCUCAGACCAGCCCUCCCUCCCGGCCAACAGGCACUUAUUCUUCCAGGCCCGCCUCUUCCAGGAAGCCUCCAGAAGCUGCGCUCUCAAUGCGCCCCGCCCCACAAGCCGUGCCGUCUGCGGCCACGCGGGGGCGCGCGGGAGCCCCGCGCGGGAAGGUCCGGCGGCCCGGGCUCCAGCUUCCACCCGGGGCGCAGGGCCGGUGGCCGGGGCGCUUUGCCUGAGUCCACACGCCGGUCCCCGCCGGCUCCUGCUCCAGGGGGAAUGA